UGGGUGUUUGUGUUCCAGGUGUGUGAGGAGCCCCCCUCAGUCCGCACCCCCCUGAAGGAGCCCUUCUCGCCCCUCGGAGGGGUAGUCUCCACCGAGCCCUUCCGAGGCUGCUACGUCCGCGCCCAGCCUUUCGAUGACUUCCCAUCCAGCAACCGACGCUACCUGCCCCCACAGGUGUCCUUCAAGUCGACGCGCCACGUGAGUUUCCACAUGGACGAGGAGGAGAUCGUACGGAUCAACCCCCGAAAGGACGUCCACAUCCGGGGCUACGAGGACUACCGUCACCCGGUCAUGUGGAAGCAGGAUGUGGAGAGAGACGAUCCAGACUUCCCCACCGCCUUCCACAAACUAGACGGCAAGAAAUGCGAGUACCUCUUCCCAGAGGGCCCUGGUGGAGAGCCCCACUCUGGCCCCGGCAUGGGCAUGGGCCCGACCCUGGGGCUGGGGCUGGGCAAAGACUCGUCGUCCUCCAUCAAGACCCAGCCCUCGCCGCUGCUCAAGUCCAAGAAGGGACGGCGGCGGCGGGAGGACGGCGAGCGCUCGCGCUGCAUCUACUGCCGGGAAAUGUUCAACCACGAAGACAACCGCCGGGGCCAGUGCCAGGACGCGCCCGACCCCAUCAAGCAGUGCAUCUACAAAGUCAGCUGCAUGCUGUGCGCCGAGAGCAUGCUCUACCACUGCAUGUCCGACUCGGAGGGCGACUUCUCGGACCCGUGCUCGUGCGACACGGCCGACGAACAGUUCUGCCUGCGCUGGCUGGCCCUGGUGGCGCUGUCCUUCAUGGCUCCCUGCAUGUGCUGCUACCUGCCGCUGCGCGCCUGCCACCACUGCGGGGAGGCGUGCCGAUGCUGCGGGGGCAAGCACAAGGCCGCCGGGUGAGCUCCGCACGCGGGCCCACACCACCACCCUCCCAGGUGAAGCCCCCGGCACAGCUAGCUAAACACAGGAAGCGGAUAAAAGCGGAAGAGAAAAGAAGCCGCCAAUCCUUUUUUUGUCAAUUACCUCUCCAGACGGGGCUGACAUGUUGUUGAUCCCAGCUCUGAGGGGCGUCGGGGAGAUUUGCGUUUGCGUCCGUAGCCACGAGCAACGGAGGACAAACCCUCAGCCUUCGCUAGGCUCACAGGAGGUGUUAAGUUCAGGAGCUUAACGUGAGGAGGAAGAGGCGACACGAUUAACAGACUUGGAGAUAUUACUAAACACACUCACACAGACACAUGUACAAAACACACACGCUCACACUCGUACAUAUACAGAAACCAGGCCACCAAGUCAGACUCUGCUAAAGGUAAUGUGUAACUUUAUGAAGGAGUAUCGUCUUUUGUACAGGGAGUGAAAACGACACGAUUAAUUAAAAUUUAAAAAAGAAUACAAAACUAUUGUCCGUAAAGAAAAGAAAAAACGUACUUGCUGUUUGAGUAUGCUAAAAGGGAUAUGUUCUUGCUUUUUGUGUAUUUGAAGUUGGGUAACAGUGGCCUUUCCUUCUCAACUCAAGCAUUUGCUGACAGUUAAUGAUUAGACAGAGAAAGUGCUCUAGACAUGGUACCCCCCCCCCCACCCCACCCUUCUUCAAAGGUAACCUUCUAUUCUAAUGGUACAUUAACUCCUUGAGCGUCCAUAAGCUACUUUUACAGUUCAGAGAUGUCGCUGUGUCGUUUUAGCUGUUUAUCGAAUGAUGAAAGAAAAAAAGAAGUAUAUAACACCUUAUAUUUUGCGAUGGUACAGUCUGACAUAACUUUUGACAUUCACUUAGACGUUAGAAUGGUUUCUUGUAUUGGCACCACAAUUUAGACUGUUUAAUUACAUUCUGUGAUAAAGGGAUCGAUUCCAUGAGCAGAAGGGAAUGACAGGGAUAGAUUUGCUAUCCUCCAUCCCCUAAAACACGUUAAAAACAAAUAACAUGAAUGCAUCUUAGAUUACUGUACCUAAGACCAAUAUGUCCAUGUACUUUACCAGAAUUCAAUUAGCUUGACUUUUCACAUUUGCUUCAUGGUUAAACUGGUGUUUUUGUUUUGUUUCACUUUUUUCUUCCUUUUUUGCUCCUGCUCAUUUUCUUGUCAUUUUGAACGUAAAGCUGAAGUUUUGCUCAACCAGCAAGUUUUUAGUUCAACAUAGGUGAAUACGGGGAUUUGUACAAUAUAACCCUUUUGUAGAAUAAUGAGGCACUUAAAUUUGACUAGUUCUCGAGGGGAAAUAAUUCUCUGUCUUAGAAUCAGUCUGCAAUCCGAAAUCACCGGAUAAACACAAAUUGUGAUAUAAGAAAAAGCCCACUUUGAAAGCACUGGUCUGGUCUCCAAGCUUUGGUUCCAGCUCCCUCUCUAAAUUCCAAAAGUCCUGUCUGUCUGUCUGUCUGUCCUGUGUUAUGCAUUGGUAUGGAAGAUGAAAACCUGCUGUCAUUUUAGAAGGUCACCCCGGGUCCACCGUCUGACGGUGAGCCACACUAGCCCAGUGGAGCGUCAGUGGAGGCAUCGUCUUCCCUGUCUCUUCAGGAUGUACACUUGUACUUUUGUGGGUGGGUGUUUCUGUAUGGACAUGCAAGGAGAUAUACAUGGUGUUCUAACUAGGCUAUCUUUUAUUGACUCAUGACAAUUCUGACAAGAUAUUCUCCAGAGGUAUAAUAGGUAGAUAGCUAGCCCUGGUCGGACCCCAGUUUAAUAUUCCCGGAACAACAAAAUGUAUUGUUCAUGACUUAAGUGCAAACACAAAGACUGUGUUUUUCGGAAUUGGUAUUCAAUUCCUGUUCAAAGUAAUUACAAGUAACGAUCACCAUUUCUAAUUAUGGGCUCUAUCAAAUUAAAGCCAUGCAAUGUACCCAUAGAUAUGCAUCCCCUCCUCCCUCCAUCCACACCUGGAAAACAGGAAGUGACAUGCAGCCUGUUCUCCUGGCUGGAUGAGAGGGAAGGGGGAAACCACUUGUUCCCAAUUCCAGCUCUAAUAUGCCGGGUCUGUGGCACCAACCCUCAUUAAUUUCUAUGCAAACUAUAUUUACCAUAGGGAACACAUAGACCUCUUUCCAGAGUCCCUAUAGACAGUGACUGGGACACUUUGACGCUAGCUAGCUUGCUAGGAAGGCAGGUAGGUAGGUAGGUAGGUAGGUAGGUAGGUAGGUAGGUAGGAAGGUAGGUAGACAAUGUACAGCAGGGCUCUCAAUUCUUUUCAAAAGUUUGGUCUGAGAUUACCAUACCUGUCAACAUUUGGGUACAAAAAUCGAGGAGACCGGGGGGGGGGGGGGAUAUUUCUGAUUGGCUGGUAGGUGGCAUUUAACUCUGUAUAACUCGAGAUAACUAUCAACUUGACGGAAAACUUCCCUCACUAUGCCGGCGCCUUGUCCAUUAAUUGUAUAUAGCGGGACACGUAUUUCCUUACUUCUCAGCGUGAAAAAUAAAAGGUGUUGCGUGAGAAAUGGUUGAUGAGAAAUGAUUGAAGUGCGUGAGUCUCACGGCGAAUGCGUGAAACUUGAGAGCCCUGAUGUACAGUAACAUGAGCCCAGGUACAGCAGCAAAUUCCAAACGCGUGUAAAUAAGUAACACUAUAUUUAAAUACUGAUCAUAAUCCCAUUUGAACAUGAAUAGAUACAGCUGUAUUUAUCCCUGCUGUCAGUAUAUACUGUAGCUUCAAUUGACAGCAUUAUGUACAUAGGUCACCUUUUAGUAUUAUUUCACAUUGAAAAGUAGAGGGCGUUUGUGAAGGAAAUGACUAUUGAGCUUUUAAUAGUUUCUUUCUAGUUUUGUACGGAGGAAGGAGGAUAGGGCUAACGGUA